AUGUUGUGGUUGUGGCGCUCGUCGUCAUUAACGCGCUUACUGUCUGUUGCUGCGUUUUUGACUGUUUGCUCGAUUGUUUUUUACACGUUUAAUCUCUCGUCGCUGUAUACCGGUCGCAGCAAGGUUCCGCUGAAAUACGGCGUUGGGUCCAAGGACGUGGUGGUAAUUGAGAACUUCUUCGACCAGAUAUAUCAUGAUAUCAAUCCAUUCUGGGGUCUUGAACCUAAGGAACUUCGACGACAGGCGCGGAGUUUCGAACCGCGCAUCAGGGUUCGCAAUCGUACUGCGGAUGCUGUUGUAGGGGGCGGUGCUAUCUGGUUGGAUGCAUGGCUUGAUCUUGUUCGUUCAGUUGAAGGGAAUCUACCGGAUUUGGACAUGCCAUUUAACUCGAUGGAUGGGUCGAGGAUUGUUGCUCCGUGGGAGACGAUAAGCGAAUAUGUUGGAAAGAAACGGUCUAGUCGAAGUAUGAUGAUGGAUUCGAAUCCUAAGCAACUUCGAACAGAAUAUACCCCCGACCCUGAUGAAGAGUUUGAGCCAUUCGUGCCUCGCUAUUAUGGCCCAGCUGAUGGUCCUUUUUGGGAUAUAGCCCGUGUUGGCUGUCCACCGGAGAGCCCAGCAUGCAAUGGUAGUCGGAUUACAGAUACAAAUGUGGCUUUGUCUGCUGGAAUGGACAACUUUCUGCAACAAUCAGAGAAUGGCUAUGUAAGAAACUGGACUCAGGUCAAGGACGUCUGCUUCCGCCCUGAAAUGCAAGCCCUGUUUGGGACUUUUAUUGAACUCCUGUCCGUAUCGACUACGCAUGAACUGUUUCCGCUCUUUGAAGGGUCUAAGCUUGGCGUCAAUAAUGAGAUCCUGAUCCCACCUGCGAUGUACUGGGCUGAGAAUGAGUGGUAUUCUGGAGGGGAUGCUCACGGGGGUGAGUGGGAAUUGAAGAAAGAUGUUCUUGCCCGGCGUGGUUCUGCAACGGGAGGCCGGAAUAGACCUAAGAACUGGACUGGAUUCCAGCGUCACCAUCUACUGGCCAUGUUGAAUGCAACAUCUGUUGCUUCUGCUGAGCAGAACAGCGCUCGCUUUUUGAAUUUCAUCAUUCCCAACUAUGACUACUACAACCUGACCUCUGGUCUCGAAGGUCACCUACCUGACUUUCUGAACGAGCAUGUCGACUCAAGGUUCGUCCAUCUAAUCUGCUUCCCCUGCGAUGAAGAAGGCGGACCUUGUGAGUUCGACGGCGCAGAUCCACACUGUUCCUACACAGAUCCAUACUUCGCAGUAACCCCCGGCAUGCCCAUGGGCGAGCAAUACGCGAACAAAUAUCUCCCCGACAUCGACGGCAACUCAUUUAGCGGCCGAUAUCGCAGCUUCCUACUCUCAACCUCGCUCCCCAUCAAAUCUACCAUCUAUAACGAAUGGCACGACUCCCGCCUCAUCCCCUGGGCACAUUUUGUCCCCAUGGACUCCACUUAUCUUGACAUCUACAACAUCAUGGAGUACUUUAUUGGGUAUACCAACGGGACUGGCCAUGAUGAGGUUGCUCGGAAGAUUGUCCUGGAUGGUAAGGCGUGGGCGGAGAAAGUGCUCCGGCAUGAGGACAUGCAGAUUUACACAUAUCGGCUUUUGCUUAAGUAUGCGCGGAUAAGCGAUGAUAACCGAGAUUUUCUGGGCGUGGCUGAAGAUCUUGUGUGAGAUUGGCGUGGGUGUUUUUGCUUGUUUCUAAUGUAUCAGCAUGUUUAAUUAACGUGCAUUCACUCCAGGGGUAUUGCGUUUGCUUUUUGUGGCUUUCGAGCAUUCAAGGUACAUAAUACGAUUUCUUACUGAACCCCAUAGUAGCCGAUGAUAUGCGAUCCCCGCUAUAUAUCACGUGAUAUAUAACGGAGUACGAGGCUCCGUAGUGUACCUGCCGUGAUGAAACUUCUGCAUCUUCGAG